GACUGUCAAAAUGAUGACUGACUUUGACAAUAUAACCUUCAAAAAGUCACGAAUUAUUUCGUGGAAAUAUCCACUUUUAUGCACUGUCAUGCUGUAAUUGUGCUUUGGAACGAUGCCAGAAAGUCAGAUUGAGUUUGCCGUGCAGAUGACAUGUAACUCCUGCGUAGAGGCGGUGAAAAAGUCUUUGGCCGGUGACCCCAACAUCAAGAACGUCAAUGUAGACCUAGAAAAGGGUUCGGUCGUGGUCACUUCGACACUUCCGACCCUCCAAAUCCAGGAAAAGCUUGAAUCCACCGGCCGCAAGGUUGUGGUUAGGGGAUAUGCAGGUAGUUCGGCAGGUGUUGCUAUCGUAGACACAGGAAAAGGGAACAUCCAAGGGGUGGUUAGGUUCGUCCAGGUGGCACCCAGUUCGUGCAUUAUUGACGGCACCAUCGACGGCUUGGAACCCAGUGCGGAGUAUAAGCUCACCGUGAACGAAUGCGGGGAUAUAUCACAAGGGUGUGAAAGUGUCGGCGGCGUGUACCAGCCACUUCAAGACGGGGAGGGCCGUCCUUAUGGGGACUUGGGAGUCUUCAAAACGGGGAACGAAGGUCGCGCCACUUUCAAGAAAGAGGAUAAUGUCCUAAACUUACCCGAAAUCAUUGGGCGUUCACUUGUUGUCAAUUCAGGAGAGAAAAGACUAGUUUGUGGGAUCAUUGCAAGGUCCUCUGGCCUUUUCCAAAAUCCCAAAACUAUAUGUGCUUGUGAUGGAGUUACUAUUUGGGAUGAGAAAAUCCCACCCAGAGCUGUUUUGUAAUUGUAAUUAAUUGUUAAUAAAUAUUUGCACCUGU